AUGAUCUUUUCUUUCAUCUAUGCAGCAAACGUGGAGGCUCUGAGAAAUGAAUUGUGGGAAGAGCUGGUGUCUCUCUCGACGGACGCAAGAGUUGUUGGCAAAGCUUGGGCCGUUUUAGGAGACUUCAACCAGGUGCUCCACCCAAAUGAGCAUUCCGCUUUGGAUGGUUUUACUGUGGACAGAGCGACGAGAGAUUUCAGACAGUCAAUCUUGAAUUCUGAACUGGCGGAUCUCAACUUCAGAGGAUCAACUUACACUUGGUGGAACAAGAGAAGGGUCAAUCCAGUUGCUAAGAAACUGGAUAGAGUUCUAGUAAAUGACCUCUGGUUAGAGAUCUUUCCCACGGCGAUGGCUUUCUUUGGAGCUCCAGACUUCUCCGAUCACUCAUCUUGUGGCAUUGCACUCUCUCCUUCUGUACAGAGGCAGAAGAAAGCUUUCAAGUUCUACAACUACCUCCUAGGAAACCCUGAUUUCAUUGCGGUGAUUUGCAGCGAGUGGUUCUCCCUGAACUUUGUUGGAUCUGAUAUGUUUAGAGUGUCAAAAAAACUCAAGGCUCUGAAGAAAAAUAUAAGGGAUUUCAGUAGAGAGAACUACUCUGGAUUGGAAAAAAGAGUGAAGGAAGCCCAUCAACAUCUGCUAGAUAGACAAGUAGCUACGUUGGAGUCACCUACUCCCUCAAAUGCUCAUUUGGAACUCCUCGCUCAACAAAACUGGGAAGUAUUGGCAGAGGCUGAAGAGAGAUUAUUUAGACAAAGGUCGAGAGUCACUUGGCUUAAAGAAGGGGAUAUGAACACGGCUUAUUUCCACCGGAUUAUGAAAUCGAGAAAUUCAAUGAAUGUCAUUCACUUUUUGGAGGAUGAGAUUGGAAACCGUAUUGAGUCACCACAAGCCAUUCAUGCGCAUUGCGUCGAUUACUUUGAAGGUCUGCUGAGUGGUGCUCAGAGCCAGCCUAUGUUUGUUCAGGAGGAUAUUACCUCUCUUCUAGACUUCAGCUGCUCUAUGUCACAGCGUUCUCAGCUAGACUCGUGCUUCUCAAGUGAGGAGAUUAAGGAGGCUUUCUUGUCUCUCCCCAAAAACAAAACGUGUGGUCCAGACGGGUUUACUCCGGAGUUUUUCACUUCUUGCUGGACAGUAGUAGGUGGAGAAGUGACAGCGGCUGUAAAAGAAUUUUUCUCUUCAGAAAAGCUCCUAAAGCAAUGGAACGCUACAAAUCUGGUGCUCAUACCUAAAAUCACAAAUGCUUCAAGAACAACUGAUUUCAGACCUAUCUCUUGCCUCAACACGCUAUACAAGGUUAUCUCAAAGCUUCUAGCUAAGAGAUUGAAGUCUGUUUUGCCCUCAGUCAUCUCUCACUCUCAAUCUGCGUUUUUAUUGGGUCGUUUGCUCUCGGAAAAUGUGCUAUUGGCUACUGAAAUUGUGCAAGGCUACAACAUGCCAAAUGUCUCUCCUAGAGGCAUGCUAAAAGUGGAUUUGCGCAAGGAUUUUGACUCUGUGAGAUGGGACUUCGUAAUCUCCGUUUUGAAAGGCUUGAAUAUGCCAGACAAGUUCGUUGGGUGGAUCUCAGAGUGCCUCACAACGCCAUGCUUCUAUGUGUCUGUUAAUGGGGUUGAGGGCGGCUUCUUCAAGAGCUCAAGGGGUCUAAGGCAAGGCGACCCAAUAUCACCAUACCUCUUCGUCUUGGUCAUGGAGGUCUUCUCAAAACUUCUUCAAUCCAGGAACAAGACAGAGCUCUUCACGGCAGGGAUGAGCCAAAUCGAAUCCGCAGCUAUUGCUAACUAUGGAUUCCCAAUUGGAUCCUUCCCUAUAAGAUACCUGGGUCUGCCUUUAACGUGCAGGAAACUGAGAAUCUCCGAGUACUCUCCCUUAGUGGAGAAAUUAUCAAAGCAGUUUACCACUUGGUCAGUAAGGACGCUUUCUUUUGCUGGAAGGUUGCAACUGAUCUCCUCGGUAAUAAUGGGCUCCGUCAACUUCUGGUCCUCGACAUUCAUCCUACCGAAAGGUUGUAUCAGGCAGAUUGAGUCCCUGUGCUCCAGAUUCCUUUGA